GUCAUAGAUCCACCCCUUCCCUGCCCUAGUGGGGGUGGUUUAAUCUGACGAAUGCAUCUAAUUUAGUAAGAAUAUCUGCGCCGGAUGCAACUUUGGGAUGCUCCAAAACGAUAAAUCAGCGUAACUAAGAUGCGACGAGUUGUUUCUUCUGUAUCUAUUUAGCUGACUGGCUGUUCAGUCACCAAGUUACGUUUCUCACAGUGUGACAGCAUUUCACCAACGUAUGCUUGCUUAUCUGGGCAGUCUACAGUAAACAGUAAAAGAAAUACAAUAUCAAUCCCAACAGAGCACAAUAAUGGAGAUCCUUCCUGUGCUUGAACCGGAAGACGAACCACGGGAGGGUGUAUGGUACGCCCUGAUCCCCAGGGGAGGGGGUCCCGGCGUCAGCGUGGGCCACACGUGUGCUUACAUCCCAAGCAGAGACGAAGGAAAGGGGAAGAUCCUCAUCGUCGGAGGGGCAAAUCCCAAUGGCAGUUUCUCAGAUUGCCAUGUCAUAGACCUUGAUCGCCACGAAUGGGACUCGCCCGAGUGGGACGGGCUGUCUGCGCGCUACGAGCACUGCAGCUUCGUGCCUGCGAGCAGCCCGCGCAGCCUCUGCGUGUUUGCCGGGGCUCAGCAGAGUGGCAACCGCAACAGCAUCCAGUCCAUAAACGUGGAAGAAGCGGGGUCGUGGAGAACCAUGCCAGUGACGGGCAUCCCCCCGUCACCCAGGACCUACCACACCAACACCGCCUGCGUGGGUGACAAGCUCUUCGUCUUUUCUGGGGGGGAAGCUGGAGCCGCACCUGUGAAUGAUCCCCAGCUUCAUGUCUUUGACACAGGGUCCUCGACCUGGUCUCAGCCAGAGACCCACGGGAGACCCCCGUCCGUAAGGCACGGUCACGUUGUGGUCACGGUCGGCUCCAAGCUUUACGUUCAUGGAGGGCUGUCGGGGGACAAGUUCCACAGCGACAUGUUCUCCCUAGACACCCUGACCAUGAUGUGGGAGCGGGUGACAUCCAGAGGUGACGCCCCCCCGGCCGUGGCUUCCCAUUCAGCUGUGGCCGUCGGGAAGAACAUCUACGUGUUUGGGGGCAUGACGUCAGCCGGAGCCACGAACGCCAUGUACAGGUUCCACACCGACAGGCAGCGCUGGGCCCUGAUGAAAUUCAGGGGGCACCUCCCCCCAAACCGACUGGACCACUCGAUGUGCGUGGUGCCCUGGCGCCUCCGAGCUGAGUCGAGCAGCGCGGAGAAGCAAGCCGGGACCCCCAAACCGGACACUGUGUUCCUCUGCUUUGCCUUUGGCGGUAUGGACACAGAGGGCGUGAUUCACAGCGAUUGUGUUGUUACCGUGCUGACAUGAGGCAUAUCCCUGAAAGGAAAACACCGAAUACAAAGCUUCUUUUUACCUUUAAUGGUUUUUUAAUUGUUUUAUUACAGUGCAAACGCCUAAGACGUAAAUUAAAGUUAUAAGAAUGCAACAAAUUAUGGCAAAAAAAGUCUAAAGAAAUUACAUAGACCUUACACACAUCCACACUCCAUAGAUGCGUAUAUGAAAAAAAUUGUCAUGUUACGUAUCAAAUAUAUGAGCAAAUGAUUGCACGGAAGAAUGACAAAUAAGCACAACCCCUUUGAGGCAUGGGUGUCUGUCUUACAUCCUCUUACGUUUUUUUUCUAAAGUUAUUAAAUAAAAAUACAUGGUUCAAAGAGAAGAAAAAUAAUUGUUUACAAUGUCUUACAUGCUUAAUAUGAGGGCAAACGCAAUAGUGUCAAAACAAGUACUGAUUUAUAAAGUACAGCAAUAUGACCCUUUUCCAAAUCAAAUUCACACAAAUUGUAUGUGAUUAUAGUUGGAUGAACGAACAAACCAGGCACAAUCAAA